AUGGCAGAUCCUGUCGAAACACCCGUAUCUCGUCGACUAUCUUCCGUUAAAAACAUCAUCAUCGUCCUAUCAGGUAAAGGAGGAGUAGGUAAAUCAUCAUCUUCCGUCCAACUAGCGCUAUCCCUCCUCUCCCAAAACCCCUCCAACCGGGUUGGUCUGCUAGACCUAGACAUAACAGGACCCUCCCUCCCUAGGAUGGUAGGACUAGAUAUCCCCGAGGCAACAGUCCAUCAAAGUAGUGCAGGGUGGGUUCCGGUGUAUGUAGAUAAUGGGAAAAGACUUGGAGUGAUGAGUAUAGGAUUCCUGUUGAAGGAUAGAGGUGAUAGUGUAGUCUGGAGGGGUCCAAAGAAAGAUGGGAUGAUUAGACAAUUUUUAAGUGAAGUGAGAUGGGGUGAAUUAGAUUAUCUGGUUAUUGAUACGCCACCUGGUACAUCCGACGAACAUAUAUCACUUCUCACUCAUCUUCAUCCACUAUUCACUCCAACCCUCUCCAAACCUACCACUCCCUCUUCAAUCUUAAUUUCGACACCUCAAACAACAGCAUUGAACGAUACUAUCAAAUCACUUUCAUUCACUCGUAAACUCCAAUUACCAGUUAUGGGUCUAGUAGAAAACAUGUCAGGAUACGUCUGUCCAUGUUGUAAUGAGAUUUCCUAUACGUUUGGGAACAAUACAAACACAGAGAAGAUAUUCAAGGAACAAAAUGGGGUUGAUAUUUUGGGUAAAGUACCGAUCGAUACGGUUUUGGUGGGGUUAUUGGAUAGUGUGAGUAAAGGUGAAUUAAAUGUUGAUGUACAACAACAACAAAAUGGAAAUAAUGAACAAGAAGAAAAUGGAGACAACUUUCAACAACAAUCCCAUUUCCCAUUAUUGGAUGAAUAUAACAAAACUGCAAGUUCGACCAUAUGGAGAUCUAUCACUGAGAAAUUAGUAGAGAAGAUUGAAAGUAGGAAACAACAGAUCAAAGAGAAGUUGGCACCGUCGACAACGAAUAAGACAUGA